AUGAAUCUUCAAGUGAGGGGAACAGGUACUUGCAAGAUAUCUUUUGUGAGUGAUGAUGGGGAAGCCAGGAUUGAUCAUCACUUGGUUGUAAAUGAUCAUUCGGAAAUUUCAAUUGUCAUCACAGAAAUAAAACCAAAAGGAAAAUAUCCAAAACUUGUCAAUGGAUCGAUAUCCUUAGAGGAAGUGCCUACAUUUAAUUACGUGGCAGUAUCUCAAGCGAGUUCUAGUAGUGAAGGAGGUAAGUUAAUGAUGUCUGAGCUUCAUGGAGAAAGGGAAAAUCUUAAAGAAGUGGUGCUUCCUAGAAAGGAUCAGAUUUUUGUACCUCAUAAUAUCUCCUCAUCUGUGAAAUCUUGUGCCAAUUUUGUGCUGCGAUUACCAGUGCAGCUAAGUGGGGAAGUAAUUGAAGACAUAACAUGUGGAUUUAAGAAAGGGAAUUUUGCUGACAAGAUCAACAAGAACUUUAUCUUAUGUCAUGGAUUCCUGCCGGGUUAUCAGUCCCGAGUUUUGAUAAAGAGAUUCACAGGAGAUUGUGGGGCCAUUCUUGAAGCAGAAAAAGCAUCAGCCGUCUCUAUGCACCAUAAGAAUAUACUCCGGAUGAUAGGAUAUCACGAGACUGAAAAUUCCUCUGUACUGGUCUUUCCCUUUGCAGCAAGAUGGAGCCUGGACAAAAAUCUUCCCGGCUCUAGAGGAAAUCAAUUGGAAUUGAGAUUUCAAGACAAACUAAAGAUAGCAAUAGAAAUUGCUCAAGGUGUCAGAUAUAUGCAUGAAGAAUGUCCCGCAGGCCCUGUGGUUCAUGGUGAAUUGAUUGCAAGCAACAUUUUUCUGAGACACGACUUACGGCCACAGGUAAUCUCCAUCCUUAAAGGACAUAAAUUCUGUCAAAUGGAACAAUCUCCAUUGUCUCAAACUGUUUAUAAAGAGGAAGCUGAAACGGUAAUAUUUCCCGGGCUUGCAUCAAGCUCAACUGGCUGGGAUGAGGAUGCUUACAACUAUGUCAUAUAA